AUUAUGUAUGAGAUUUGCUUAACAUUUUGCUUUAUAAAUAUGAUACCUUGGAAACACAGUAUAACGCUUUAUAUUGAAAUGUGAAGUUUUAUUAAGACAUGGAGGUAACUAAAGUGCGUUCGCCAACGCAGGCUCAUUGGUUACUUAACGUUAUGAAACUUACCGUUCAGUCAAGAAGAAUACCAUGAUAACAAAGUGUGCGUGUUUUGCUGCAGUGUUGGUGUUGAUAUUUUUACAAGUUUAUGUAUAUCAAGUGAAAUUCAGAAAGAAACAUGAAGUUGGUUACCAGGAAUCGCUUCGUGGCAUAUGGAAAAUGAACAGAACAGUUUCAGAGUCAAUAAAUUUGGAGGAUAUAUCAAGAAAACUACUAAUUGAGUACAAUAAAACUUGGAGAUAUAUUAUCACAUCGUGCGAAAAUUCUGAAGCUGACAAUAAAUAUAGACAAGCUUUAGAAGAUGGAUAUUUAUUACUGCGCUUUCGAAUCGAACGGGUUCUGAUGUUGGUAUCAAACUCCAAAAACAACAGUAUUGAGUUAGCAGCCGAGAAUUUCAUCACUUUCUGGAAUCUAUUUUCUGACAUAAAACAUUUUUGGAUGCAAACCAUGUCUGUAUUUCGGAAUAUUGGAUUAAAAGAAGACGACAAGGAAACACUAGGAAAUAAAUUUUGGUUUCUCCUCGAGAAGAUAAAAGAGUUGAUAAAAGCGUCUGAAAUAAAGAGAAAAAAAAUAUUAGAUGAUCUUUCCAUAAAAGUGACGACGAAAAUCCAAAAACUUCAGAAUCCCAGAGACUGCAUGGACACACGACUACUGAUAUGCAAAUUGAACACAAAACUAAACUGUGGAUUUGGCUGUGAGACUCAUUCACUCAUCAGCUGCAUGAUGGAGGCUCUUAGAAGUCAACGGACCCUGAUUUAUAUUACUGAAGGAUGGAAAUAUGCCAAACAGGGUCGAGAAUAUGCAUUUUCGCCACUGAACAACUGUUCGACUUAUUCAUUUUCAAUAAAUCCAUACAUUACGUCAGAAGGUAAUGAAAAUGCAACAAUUAUCAAGAAGUACUCAAGUGAAUAUAAAGAAUGGAUAGGUUGGUCUAUUCCACGUCAGUUAUCUCCUACUUUGCAAAAAUAUCACGCAGAACCAUUUCUUUGGUGGAUCGGGCAAUUGAUUAAAUAUGCAAUGAUACUUCAACCAUGGAUGGAAGAAGAUUUAAACAACAUCAUAACUCGUGUGGGAUUCUCAAGUCCUGUAGUUGGGAUACAAAUUCGUAGGGGGGAUAAGUUGAAAGAUUCAGGAGGGUUCCAUGAGGUUGAUGAAUACAUGUUUUAUGCUGAUCAAUAUUUCAACUAUUUGAAAACAAUGAACAAACAUAUUCAACCAAAAGUAUUCCUAGCUACAGAAGAUGAAUCCGCUUUGCCGGAAUUGACACUGAGAUAUCCCGAUUAUAAGUUCAUAGUCAGCAAUUACGUUACGGAAAAAGUAACAAAGCAUAUGCGUUAUGGUGACGGCGGACUGGAGGGAAUAAUAUUUGACAUAUUAUUGUUAUCAAGAUGUGAUUAUAUUGUUUGUACCUUAUCUUCAAAUGUAUGUCGCGCCGCAUAUGAAGCAAUGUCAGCAAAUCGCGUUGACGCUGCGACCCGAAUUCAUUCUUUGGAUACGGGACAUCGAUUGAAGACAUUAUUUGAUGCACCAUGGAGAGCAACAGCCAACCACACCCCUAUUAAUACCGAAGAAUUUCAGUUGCAUAAAGGUGACAAAGUGAAAGUUUCGAUGUCAUAUCGCGAAUCGUUAAAGGAUGGUUAUGUAAUGGCAAGCAACCGAGCUACAGGAGAAAAAGGGAGAAUUCCAGCUUACAAAGCUCGGGAAGAGCUAACCCUUUUAAAUUUUUCCAUAUUCGACCUGUAAAAUUUACUAAAUUCAUUGUGCACUAGAUUUUAGACCGAAUCCGAUCAAAUUUCAGGGGUUUGUACGUACUUAUUCCAAGUGCCGCUUUUUUGUUAAAUCGGAGCCCCUCAGCGACACCUUUUGUGUCCACCACCUGUGAUUUGGAUUGAUACGGUGAUACCGGUAUAAGUCAUAAUAUAUACCUUACUUGAGUAGGGAGAGUUAAAAUAUCAUGUUAGCAUGCCCCCAGUGAUGUCACUCGCUGUUACAGUAGGAAAUACGUGAAAACAACAAACAAAGGUGAUAAAAUGGUACACACUGCCAUUCCAACUAAAUUGUUACUGGAAGUGGCCUCCUACAUUAAUACUGAACCAUAUUUCAGCAUCCAAGACGACAUGACCGCCGCAGAUGCACAGAUUUCAUAGGUCCCAGCUCGUUGGCAAAAUGCCACGGUCUAGGGGGGAUUAUCCGGAUAGCGGUUAACCGGUUAACCAAGAGGUAUUUUGCUAUCUGAUAUCCGGAUAUUAUUGUAACGGUUAACCGGAUAAUAGAACAGUAUAAAUAAUGCAUAUGCGCAUUAGUGAUUUUUAUAUUUUUUGUUGAAUGGCCACUGACAUCUCUCAGAGCAUAUAAUAAUCCCUUAUAUCCACACUACUCUGCCUAUAUUUUAGUCAUCCGUGUAAUGCUGAUGUGAACUUGUCUAUUACAUCACAAAACACGCAGAAAAAUGUGAUUAUUGCGUUUUGCGUUAUAGAAGAGCCCGACUUACGUUAAAAUAAAAGCAUUUCUACGCUAGAUAUGAAAAUAAGUGGUAAGCUGCAGAAAUAAAUCAGAGAAAAGUCGGGUUCAGUCUCGUCGGUAUAUAACGCAGAUAAUUGUAUUAUUUUGCCUGGAACUGAAAUGGCGGCAGUAUGUUAUCUAUCGUCGUAUCUAUCUAUCGUUAAGAGAGUAGAUCUGAAGCACACAUUUUUGACUGAAAAUAAGGAAGUAAAUGCUAAGGAAAAUAUCACGACUCUUAAUUUAUGAGCCAGUGAUAGAUAAAACAAAACUCCAUUUUAGGCGCUGUUGAAUCGCCAAAAUUUCGUAAUAAUCGUAUUUACUGAAUUUACAACAAGGGUAACUUGUCACGGAAUGUAACUUCUUUUCAAAUUAAAACUGGCAUAAUGCCGAUGUUAAUUCCCCAAAUAAUCACGCGACGCGGAAAAAAAAACGAUCGGCGAUGAUGACAAAAUUAGCCUGUAAAAUUCGACCGCCUUUAUUAGUGACGUUUUCGAUAAUUUUAAAAAGAGGAGGAAGGGCUGUUAUUACAUUUAUGGUUUUCAUGGAACUUUCAUAAACAAAUUUGUUUGUAAAAUGGUCUAUAAUAUUUCAGCAAAGUUUAAUUUGACAGACUUUGUAUCGUGUCAUGUCUUUCAUUUACUCAUUUAGGGUGGUAAGUAAAGUUGUUCAAAAACUGGCGCACCAUUGUUUUGGCUCAGCAUUGUUUUGGCUCUGUUAAUUUAGUUUAAAAGAUAUUCGAAUGGAAAUAGAUUUGAAGUUGUGGCCUAAUUAGUACAAACGUGAGAAUAUUUACAGUGACAUGUUAAAUAAGUAAAGUUUUCAAAUUAGAAGAAAUUCCUGACCACUUCGGUAUUUUCAAAACCAUUAAUUUGCUUUGUUAUUGAAAUUGUUGUUCAAAUUACUUAUAUUUUCCUAUACACUUCACGGAAUUUGUCCCCCCUAUAUUCUAUUUUUUUUUUGGAUACUUCUCUCACCGAAAUCAAAUGUUCGAAAUGCACGAUUUUUGUGUUCAUGUUUUCAUUUAUAUGUAUGCUCUUGUGGUAUAUAUUAACAAAGUUUAUUUCGUCGUGCAAGAAAUCACAGAAUAUUAUAGAACACAAAAUACUAUACGUGCCAAUAAUAAAUUUUAUUGCAAUUGAUAGGAAGGUGCGGAUGAUCAGAAAUGAUCAUUGUGAAUCUGCGACACUAAAAUUUAGUACGAGUCAAAAUUUAAAGAAAAGAGGCUCUAGACACAAAAAGAAGCUUUUAAAAAAUUAACAAUAAAGUAGAAAUAUUAUAAAUCUUUACAUAUUAUUCGAAUAGGAGAAAAUAACCUAGCAGUCGGGAGAAAAACAAUUAGGACACAAUAUUUUCAAAACAUGUUUCAUUUUAUUAUUCCGCUGUACAUCGGAACGAUUACAGAGCUUAAAUUAUCAUUUAUUGACACAUUCAAUAUUAAAAUGCACAAUCAUUCUUAUUCAAGAAAAAUAAUACAUAUGUGAGUCAGGGCAGGGAUUCUCAAACUUUUGAUUCAUUUAUUUAUAGUCACGAAGCUCCAAAAUGAAUAAAUUUUUGAAAAAAAAAAUUGUUACUUACCGAUUAAUAUAACGAAUAAAUUAAAAUUACUUUGUCUAAUGACUCGGAUGUAUGUGCUGCUUUGUCUUUAAACAAUAUUCAAAUUGCGGCUCAAUCGAAGUCACUGCUAAUAUAAGAUCUAUUUUCGCGUUUAGCUGUUUCUAUAUUUAUUUUGUGUUGCUGCCUACAAUGAGAAUGUCUUCUCACACAGAUAGGUAGUCGAAAAUCUUAUUACCACUUUCAAAUCUUCUUAUGAUAUUCUUCCUAUUAUAUCAUAAUGCUCAAAAAAAGAUUGGAUCAGUAGAAAUAUAUCUUCACCUUUUGUGUGAGUUUUCAAAGGUUUACAGAAGAGUUAGUCUUCUUCAAACUCGAAAUUAUAGAUGUAACGAACGAAUACAAGUAAUACAGCUAAAUCCCCAAGUCUUUAGAUUCGUCCAUUUGAAGAGAAAAUGUCGGACUUUGUUUUAUUCGCUCAAUCAAUCCUUUUUGACAAUAUUCUGCCAUGUUGCUAAUAUGCCUGGAACUUUACAGUUUGAAUGAAGUACAGCCUCUCAAUUAAAUAUUUUGCACACGGCUCUAUUAGGUUUUCAGCUGUUGUUGUGCCAUCCGAAAACUAACAUCAAAAGAAGAAAUGAGUGCGUUUUUGUGAUCUUCACAGACAAACCUUACAAACAUUUGUUUCUCUUUCAUUUAGUUCUUCUUUUUAAAAUAAUCGAUGUUUGGGGCUC